UUUUACUUUGUAAAAAAAUAUAAUGAUUCAUUUGAAUUGAAGAAGAAAUUCAAGGAAAAAAAAAAUAAAACAAAAACAAAAAACAAAACACACACAUAUAAUUCAUACUCAUUAUUUUUGUUGCUUAAAGCUUGCCCUCCUCUUCUUCUUAUCCUCUCCUCUCUCUCUCUCUCUCUCUCUCUCUCUCUCUCUCUCUCUCACACACACACACACACAGAAAACAACUUCACUUGGCCAAACUCCCAUAUGAAAGGAAUUCUAAAGAGACCCACUUGGCCACCACUAAGUGAUAGAAUUGAGGAUCAUCUACAGGUAUACUAACACCCAACCAAGUGAAAAAAGAAAAAAAAAAAUCAAAAGAACCAAAAAAAUAAUACCCCAAAAACACAUAAAAAAGUAGCCAUAUGAUCAUGGAAGCUGAAAAUGGGAUCCGCAGGCCUAAUUUCCCACUCCAGUUAUUAGAGAAAAAGGAAGAUGACCAAGCAUGCUCCAACCCGGGCUACAACUCCUUAGCCAUAACAGUACCCGUACCAUCCGACCCAAAUCGGGCCGGUUCUCUCCAAGUAACCGAGCCAUCAAAGAAGGCUCCUCCAAAGCGUACCUCGACCAAGGAUAGGCAUACUAAAGUUGAUGGCCGUGGCCGUCGCAUCCGAAUGCCUGCCACUUGCGCUGCUAGGGUUUUUCAGUUGACCAGAGAGCUGGGUCACAAAUCCGACGGCGAAACUAUUGAGUGGCUUCUUCAGCAAGCCGAGCCCUCAGUGAUCGCCGCCACGGGGACCGGGACAAUUCCCGCGAACUUUACAUCUCUAAACAUAUCCCUUCGGAGCUCCGGCUCAAGUAUGUCAGCGCCAUCGCACUUCCGGAGCUCUUACUUUAACCCUAAUUACAACUUCGGUGCGCUUGCGGCUGCAUCACAGUUUAUACGAACAACUUCAUCAGGAGCAGAGUGGGAGAGGGGUGCUGGUAGUACUGUAAUGAUGGAUGAAUCUCAGCAACGCCGGGCUUUGUUCUCAGGAGGGAUAGGGUUAUUGACCUCUUCACAAGUCAAUUCAUCAUCAUCAUCAUCAACAUCCUCUUCCUCACUGCCAAUGAUGUUGAAUUUUGGUUCUGGGAAUGUUAGCGCAAUGAUGAUGCAAACAAAGCAAGAGCUGCAUCAUGAGGCAGCUGCUGCAAGCAGCCUAGAGCAGAGUGAAGCCGGCGCCGGCGGGCAAAGAAAGCGACGGGCCGGACCAGAGGAGGACUUGUCUUCCGCACAGAGUAACAAUAAUAAUAGUAACAGUAACAACGGUUAUUUGUUGCAAUCUAGUUCGGGUUCAGUUCAGGAAAGUCAUAACAUUAGUAAUCCCAUACCGGCGGCAUUUUGGAUGUUGCCCAAUAAUUCUGCUGGUAAUAAUAAUCACUUAGCUGCUGCUGCUGCUGCUGCUGCCGGGUCAAUAUGGGGGGGUUCGCAUAAUCAACACGAUCCCAUGUGGACGAGUAGCAGUACUACUACAACUUCUAAUAAUAAUAUGUAUAGAGGAGCACCUUUGCAUUUCAUGAAUUUUCCUCCGGUGGCCUUAAUGCCUGGUUCGGGAACAGGCUGCAGCAAUGACAGCCAUAGCCACUUGCUCAACGCUUUUAGGCCGAUUAUUAAUGAGUCUCCGGUGACUGCUGCAUCCCACCAACAUCCCGGUGGUUGUGGAGAUGAUACUAGCAGUACUACUAGUCAUCGGUGACUGCAGCUACUAUAUAUAUAUAUAUAUAGAUCCAAUAUCAAUUACAGAUUAUAUAUGCGUACGAUUUGAUUUUUAUUUCUUUUUUCCUUUUACAUAUAUAGAUAUUAUUUUAAUUCGCCUC